AUGGAGGCCUUGGUUUAUGAAGAUUCGCCUCUGGCAGAUUAUCUGCAAGGUACGACAGAAGAAGCCGACAAUGACUCCUCAUCCGACAUGCGACUUGACUUUGCCCCUCGUGGGAUCUCGACGUUUCAAGAACGGAUCCGAAAUAAAUUGCCCGCGCCAUUAGACUUGACGGUCGCGAGGAAGACAGGUGCGAUGGGCAAGAUCCAUGACGCCUGUUCGUUUCUGGUCAGUUCUCGGGUCGGAAGAAGCGACAACGAACGAUUUCUGGAGAAGUUCGGAUACCUCAUUGUCGCAUCUCAACUCCUCAACGAGCAUAGCGCCCCCUCCUAUACCUCGGCCGCAGACGUAUUGUCGAAGGUUCCUGCGGCACAGCUACCGUCUCUGUCAGAGACGUUUGGUUUACAAGGUGUAGUUUUCACGGCGGCAACGUCGUUCUCGGUUGCGUGGUUAAUCCACUGGAGUCGAUCGAAAUCUGGGUCUGGAUUCAAUACGCGGAGGGUGGCAGUUUUGUUAAUUCUACUACCUGUUAUCGCACUUGUGUUCUACGCCUUCACCAGACGGCAAUGGUUGAAAUACGUGAGACAUCAGGCAGUCGAGGCCGCAGCAGUCCUGGUCAGCAAUGCGCGGAGCUUCGAUUCCGCUGCUUCCGCCUCAGUAGUCUUUGUCCAAGAGGUCGAGUUGGUCUCCAGAGGCUAUAGGAUGUUGCGCCGCGCGCUCUCCGAGUCACUGUUCUCAUUACUCGAGCGAUACAUCCAGGCUCAGAAGAUCCUCCAGCCACUGGCAGAGAGUACAAGCCUGGAGAAGUACUACGAUAUAUACGAGAUCUCCUUCGAGGAACUCCUAGACGCUCAAGCAGGACUACGUGAACGAGGGGCUGAGGAUCAGUACUCCUUGCGAUCUCUUCGUACGCUCUUCGGCAGACUGUACACUGUAAGGAAAAGCAUCUUAUGCUGUCUCCUCGCGCUCAGCGCCGACGGGGGAAGUUCAGAUAUUCCGAGGUGGAGUGCUGCGGUUGAGGAAAUGCGAGAUCUGGCUACUGUCACAGGGAACAAUGUCACGAGGAUUAGCAACAUCCUGAAUGAACAGGACCGCGACAUUAUCCCUCCGUCUCCUCUACCAAACGCAUCACCCAGCCGGGACAGCUUCCGUGCGCAGUUCCGGAAGCUCAAUUCUCUUUCUCAAAGUAUCCGUGCAUUGCAUGCAAAGAUGCAUGUCAUUCGCGAAGAAUCCGAUGCAAGCUUGGAACAGAAGGGCAAUGAGUCCGACUUGAUGACGAGUCUGAUGGCGCAGUACGAAUCCAUCGGUGCAGAUAUCAGAGGGCUUCUUCAGGAAUGGGAAGCUGGCAAGUCGGCCCUGAUAGCCGGCUUCGAGAGAUCCAGUUCCUCAGAUCGGUCCUCACGCCCGACCAGUUCACUGAAGUCGCCCAUGUCCCCCACUUUCAGUCUAAGUGGUUCCACGGAAGUCGAAGGAAGUCCUGCGGAUGCUCUGAAACUCCUCGAAGGUGACAGCCAGCCGUAUUUGAAUCCGGAUUACAACAUGGAUGACGAGGAGGUGUUCGAGGCCAUCGCUCUCCCGGUUCGAAAACGGGCCUCACUGACCAGGGAGGAGCGAAUCGCUCGUGUCAAAGAAGAUCGCGCCAAGCAAGCGGCCGCACGCGAGAAAACUGACGCAAACACCAACAUGUUGAAGGAACUUGAGACAGUUAUCAAGCAUCGGCCUAGAACAAUAGCUGCGCAUCGAGUGUUGGAAGCACGGCUAGAGCAGGCAAGUCUGCUGAAGAAGGUUGUCGACGCGAUCAAGGAUCUCGUGCAGGACUGCAACUUCGACUGCAAUGACUCCGGUAUCGCCCUUCAGGCCAUGGACAACUCUCACGUUGCCCUGGUGUCCAUGAUGCUGAAGGCGGAGGGCUUCUCGCCGUACCGCUGUGACCGUAACAUCGCUCUGGGAAUUAACUUGGUUUCCCUGACGAAGGUCCUCCGUGCCGCACAGAACGAGGAUAUCUUGACGCUGAAGGCGGAGGACUCACCUGAUGUUGUCAACUUGUUGUUCGAGAGCGCAGAGACCGACCGAAUUAGCGAGUACGACAUCAAACUUAUGGACAUUGACCAGGACCACCUGGCUAUUCCUGACACAGACUACGCCUCUACGGUUGAGAUGCCAUCCGCAGAGUUCCAGCGUAUCUGCAGAGAUCUUAACGCUCUGUCUGAGUCAGUUGUUAUCGAGACCACGAAAGAAGGUGUACGAUUCUCCUGCCAGGGUGAUAUCGGUAACGGCUCUGUGACUAUCCGUCAGCACUCGAAUGUCGAGAAGCCAGAUCAGAACGUCACCAUCUCUCUCUCCGAGCCUGUUGCCCUUACCUUCUCUCUCAAAUAUCUUGUCAACUUCACCAAGGCCACCAACCUGUCCAGCAAGGUGAAGCUCUGCCUUUCCCAGGAGGUUCCCCUCCUGGUCGAGUACGGACUGGGAAGCGGUCAUCUGCGCUUCUUCCUUGCUCCUAAGAUCGGAGAUGACGAGUAA